AUCAUAAAGAUCAAGACAAGAUUAAUCACAUAGCCGGAAAUAGGGGCAAAGUUGUCCAUUCACAUGAACAAUUAGGGGCAUUUGAUUCCAAACAAAAGCUCAGACAACCUUAUAAGAGAUUCACAGAUCUAAAAAAGAUCAGAACUUCCCUUCAAAGAGCAAAGCAAAACCAGAAAAAAAAAUAUUAAAAAAAAACUGAAAAAAUGGACGCAAUUGACUCAGUUUUCGAUCCGCUAAGAGAGUUCGCUAAGGACAGCGUUCGUCUCGUCAAAAGAUGCCACAAGCCCGACCGCAAAGAAUUUACGAAGGUGGCGUUCCGUACAGCAAUCGGAUUCGUGGUUAUGGGAUUCGUAGGAUUUUUCGUGAAGCUCAUCUUUAUCCCUAUUAACAACAUUAUUGUUGGAUCCGGUUAGGCUUGCUUCAUGUUACUGACUCACAGGAAGGAUGGGAAUUGGUAGAACAUGCUUUAGAUUGAGAGAUAAAUCAUCUGAGUUCACGAACUGAUUUGAUUUCACUUUAGAUUUGGUUCUCUUUAUAUUCGUUUUUGUUGGAAUUGGCUUUUAGUGCUGUAAUGAAAUAUAAUUCUCUUUAUAUUU